UCGAGAGACUUUCCCGCUUUUCGGACAGAUUCGAAACCCUAACUACCAUGGAAGGAGAAGAAGACGCUUUGAAUGAGAACGAUUCAGACGACUCCAUGUUGCCAAUGGCGAGGCGAAGGAAAGAAGCGAGUGACGAGGAUGACGAUGGCAGUGAAUUCGAGGACAGAGCAAGGUCUCGCACGGUUGAUCGUAGUGCCCGCUUUGGCUCCGGCAAUGAAUCUGACGGUCUCAGUGAGGCACAGCUGUAUGAUGAUGAUGAAGAAUCAUAUACAGAAGAGGAAAAAGUGGAAGAGGUUGAGGUUGUGGUGGAGCUGCCGGAAUCGGAUGCGGAGCGGACAGGGCUUCACGGUGAGGAUAAGCGAAACGAAGAGAAGAUGAAUAUGGAACCGUUCUUGGUUCCGAAAUUCGGCUCUUUCUACUUGCACGAUGAUCGGUCCAGAGAUACAGGUGGUCGUGGUCGGCGCCGGCGUGUUGUUAGCGGAAGUAAGUUGUGGGAGACCAAAGAUGAACAGAAAUGGGGCCAUGACAAGUUUGAAGAGAUGAUGCAGCAGGAAAGGCAACAUCAGGAGUCUAAUGUUAGGAGGAUUAGUUCAGAUCGUUCUCAAGGUAAUAGUAAGAGUCAAGGCCAUGGAAGUGGCAAUGUGAAAGGAACGAGGUAUAGACCCCAUGAAAACUCUGACAAUCAGAACAAAUCAUCAAAAGUUGUAAGAGGGAGAGGGCCUAUAAGAUAUAAAUCUCUAACAAGGAGCAAAAAUAUAAUCCCAUCAACAAAAAGCAAACAGUCUGGACAGUCCCUGGAAACAACUUCAAACACCAAUUCAGAGAGAGUAUUAUUACACACUUCAGAUUCACAGUCUGUUCCGCUUGCCCGUAUGAAGUGUGUUGCUGCAUCAAGUUCGAGUUCUGCUUGGCUAUAUCCAGAUGGUUCUACCAAUCAUCUCUCUGUCGCACAGAAAUGGGAUGCAAAACCUGGAGGUACCAGUAGAUGUCAGCUGAUGUCUGUAUUGCUGGACGAGAAUUUUGCUACGUCAAAACCUGGUGUAUUUCAACGACGGAACACUAUAGCUCAUCCUGUUGACCCCAAUCGGUUCCACUUUAAGUCUGUUCAUCCGGUUGGUGGACAUUGUUUGACCAAUCUGCCUUCACAUUCUUCUGUGAGCCUGUCAACUGAUACGGGUGGAUCUCCCCUGUCCUUGGAUCAGGGACGGCAUCCUUCUGUUCAACCAAGGCCUCUUCAAGGCACAGUUCAACCUCCUUUAUGGGGUCCCGUACAGAAGUCGAGUCAGCAUUCUGAGUUUGGAUCUCAAACUUCUUCUGAAGCCUUGGCAGUGAAUUCAUCUGAAUCUGGAGCAUUGGUAUCUCUACCAGGAGGUAAAUCAAAACAUGCAUUGGAUGGAAAAGGAACAGUCAUCGUCGAAGGAAAUAAAAGGGGUAACCUAUAUAGAAGAGGCGGUCAGAACUUUCCUGCUACCCCAGGAAAUUUUCCAGUGAUGCAAUUUGGUGACCAGCAUCAUGGUGGUCUUGGAUUUCCUCCUGUUUGUACGUGUCUCACUUGUUAUUCGUCUCUAUCCAAACAUGGUUUUGGCAAUUCUGAUAUAGCAUGCUAGGUUGUCCGGUUCAGCAAGGUGGAUUUGUGAUUUUUUAAUGACUGAAUUUGGAAGAGAUACUGGAUGAUGAUACUCAUGGGGAAGCUUCUCUUCUGAAUAUACGUAAUAACUGAACACUGGAUCCAGCUGAUUUUGCCAUUAAAGAUAGAAAUAAUCAGGCAUACUCUGUGAGAAGGGAUGGUUUGAUGGUUGGUGGCGUUGAUUUUUCUGUAACAAGGGAAGUGAACCUAGAGAUUGAGUUCUUGUUGUUAUAAUUGCUUGUUAAUUUGAGUUCUUACACUGUUUCAAGAUUACCAAAAAAGGUACAACAAUGGAUCAACUUAUGAAGUAGUCAAUGUCAAAGCACCCAAACUCCUAGCAACUUUCUGCAAAAAUCAAAGGAGUUCCUUUGAAAUGUUAUCACUGUCCAAAUAUUGGAGUUAUUUCCUGCAUAAUUUCCUUUUAGUUUGAUCUUUUUUUUUUUUUCCUGAUAAUAUGAGCUUACAAAGUUUAAGGAGGAUUUUAGUGAUUUCUAUAAAGAAGCACAUAGUUUGAUGCGAUUAUCUCAAUGUACGUCUACCCUGCUGUUGAACACUUCCUUUUAUUUAGUUCUCUAGUUGAUCUCAGUUCAAAUGGUCAAAUACCCAGAGGAGAAUGGUUAAGUUUUUUUUUUCUUUUCCAUCAACCAAUCAUCCACACAAACCAUUUCCCCGUUCCUUUGUUUUUUCCUAAAAAAAUUCUAAUAGUGUAGACAUAAUUGGCUAAAUUUGAUAUUUGACUAUACUAAGGACACUCUUUAAGUAUUGUUAUACUUUAAAUUGCAUAUAUAAUUGGUUGAAAACUGGACUUCUUAGUCAAUCCCAUAUACUGGGUUUAAAGUUUGUUGAGUGCAGAUAUUUUGUUGCUUCUGCAUUGAUUUUGUACCAUAUUGUGAUUGUUACCUGAGCUAUUUCUUUGGUUCCCUCUACCUACACCACCAACACGCAUGCACUUGUAUUUCCAUGGUAAGGGACAGGUGUCAAACCCCCACGUUGCCAAUUUUGGUGGCUGCUACGGUAGGUUUAGGUGCUGCAUGUUGUUCU